CGACAAACAAACAAAAAUUGCCGAAUGACGUAAAAGUUUCCGGGGAUUAAUUAUAGCGAGAUUUAAUUCGCUUUGCACACACACAAACGAACCGGAAAUCGUGACGAGGGUCCUGUCAGAGUUUGGAACCAUUACUCCAUUACUCCAUCGUCGAACGGUUAUGAAUCUACUAGUGCUCUUGGGCUUGAUCUUGGUUGCGGGUUGCCAUUUUCUGCCGGCCGAUCAUCUCGCACCGGGUUCUGUUUUUUGGAAAAUGCUGACCCGGAUUCCCGAAGAGGAUUGGAAACGUUUCCUACGCGAGCAUACUGCCGGAAGUGAUAAUUCAGCAGCUGACGGUCGAAUACAUACUGGAGCCUCUCAGGACGACUCGCCCCGCGUUUUCGACAUCGUCUGCCUCCCCUUGCCAAUAGGGUGCUUCGAUCCCGACGACCCCGGCAUUAUCCCCAGCGGCGACGCCUCCGUCCACAAUCUGACGAAGUCGAUAUUUCUGUCGCGAUUAUUUAGCAAAUAAAUGUUUUUUUACGAAACCGCGUU